AUGCUCAGCCUCCUGUGUCUGUCGUUCCUUCUGACAGCUGUCUGCUUAGCGGCUCCUACUACAGUGCAAACAAACACGACUCUCGACAUUUCAGCCUGUCCAAUCACAUACUUUGGCGGUGGACCGUAUACUGCUUUUAAUACAGCCUUUUCUGGGACCAUCUCAUUCACCUUCAGCUCCACAGACGAGAUUACGUUUCCAAACUCUGCCGUAGCCGCAAUUCAUUAUGACAUUUUGCCUGCCGCUAAUCUGACAGCUGUUGAUGUGAAGAAUGCUGCGGCCGCCAUUGAGACCACGCUCAGGCGGCUUCCAGCUUCUGCGGUGGAAUGUUGUAUUAAAAUUAGUGCCACAUUCAAUGGACCAACGAACAUAUACAUCUUCAGCUACGGGUCACAGACAGCUGCUUUUGUAGACGCUGAUAUUGGAGCGACAGAUGCAUUCACCUUUAGUUACUUUGGGGAUGGAUCUUAUUCCACAAAAGUACCAGGAGCUUUCUCACAGGCUGUGGACCUAACUCGAUGCAGAGAUGACACCAGAACCUAUGCAAGUGGAGAAAUAGUGGCCACUUAUGAUGAGACCUGCUCCUCCGACAUCUGCCAACCCUCUGGUGUCGUGGAGUUAACCAACGACUGUGGCCCGGGACAAGUCUGCAUGGGCUUGGGAUGUGGCGCCCGGCACUCCUGCUCCAUCGUGGCGAACAGCGUGGUGGAUGUAAACGGCGACACCGGUGUUAUUCCUGAUUUCUGCGCCUAUGACAUCAUCACAGCUCCAAGUUUCACCAUGACCGCCUUCCUCCGCGAGCGCCGCCUCACAGACACCCCUUUCGUGGAUUCUGUAGACAUCUAUACAACGCCAUCGUUGGACCAUGUUUCUCUGGGCCAGGGAGGGAACGCCAAAAAGACGGCGUGUGGUCGACCUUUGGAUCAAGCAACUUUAGUAGAAGUUUCUGGUGCAGACACAGCUUUGACCCUGAACUCGUCGGCAGUGACCGUGUUGGGCUUAGAGCUGUCCGACAACGGCACUGGACUCCUGGCCUUGUUCACGGACCACAACAACAUCAUCACAGAGGUUUUCUUCGACGGCACUUUACUGCACGUGAAACACACAGGUGUGUGUUUUGAUGCCUCUACAAUCAGUGCUGUGAAGAACGCUGGUCUGUCUGAGUCUGGAUGCAUUGCUGAAUUGGCCUCUGUGGAGGUGGCCUCAGUUGAUAAGGGCCCCUUCGUCACAGCCUGUGCUGAAAACCUGCUGUGUGGCUAUCCUGACCGCGAUGACCUCUACUGCCGCUUUAAACACGCCUACGCCCGCACCGCCGGCCUCAGCUCCAACGGAUGCUCUACUUCGGUUUGCCUGAACCAUCAGUGCGUGUCUCAUGAGUUUUGUGCUGUGGCCAACAGCGGUAGAGCUGCCUGUUUCUGCAGAAGUAAUGAUGCCACCACCAAGGCUUUUCGAAAAAAUGGCAAAUAUGGACCUCCCCCCACCUGUGAUGCUGGCUCCGCCUCUUUGGAAUUUUAUGGCUGUUUAUUGGAAGAGGAGGGCAUCAACUACCGGGGGCUGCAUCUGAAUGAUGAAAACUGCACAGGAGUUGUUGAUUCAGAUUACAAUACUAUAACCUUCGACUUUGAUACGAACACCAAAUGUGGUGGAACUUACAGGAGUCUCCCCACUACCAUCGAGUUCCAAAACACCGUUCAGAACACAUACAGCCAAACUGUGACAUACGAACCCAAGGUGGCGAUUAUCUUUAGUUGCUCCUACAACAAAACGGCCGAGCUCACCCCUCUAAACUUCCAUCUCAUCAACAACUUUGUGACCGCGACCUACACCACAGAUUCCUUCAGAUUCACUUUGUCCAUCUCCUUCUACUACGACGCCGCCUUCACCAGUGCUGUGGCCUCGGGCGCUGAGCUCACAAAAGGCCAGAAGGUGUACGUGAAGCUGAAGAGUUCCCAGCUCAGGGGAACGGGUCUGGUACUGGUCAUCGAUGAGUGCUGGACCACAACCGAGUCAUCCCCCACUGGCGCCAACAAGUACUCCCUCAUCCAGUCCCAGUGA